CCGGUCAGCUGUGCGGCUAAAUAUCCGUCGCUUAGCCAGCCAAGAAACACAUUCAAUAAAAAAAGCUAUUUUAGGUUUUACAUUAUGGAUAAUAAUGUAACGCGAUACAAUGUUCAGCUAUAUAUUUAUGAUUUAUCGAGAGGAAUGGCCCGCAGCCUUAGUCCCAUCAUGUUAGGAAAGCAACUGGAUGGUAUAUGGCACACAGCAAUAGUGGCAUACGGUGAGGAGUUCUUCUACGGAGGGGAGGGGAUCUCCAGCUGUCCGCCGGGUGGGACGAUGCUGGGUCCUCCAGACACAGUGGUGGAGCUUGGAGAGACCGAAGUAACUGAUGAGAUCUUCAUGGAGUACCUUUCUUCCCUGGGAGAAAGCACAUACAGAGGAGACAGGUAUCGUCUGUUUGAGCACAACUGCAACACCUUCACCAACGAGGUGGCUCAGUUCAUGACGGGCAACUCCAUCCCAUCCCACAUCACCGACCUCCCAUCAGAAAUCCUCUCCACACCGUUCGGCCAGAUUCUGCGGCCGAUCCUGGACUCGAUCCACAUCGCCCCUCCAGGGGGAAACGUCAUCAACCGGGGGAGAAACGCGUAACCUGAGAGCCGCAGAUCCCCGUGCGCUCACAAGGUCACUUUUAUCGAAGUCAGACAGUCAAGAUAAUUGUCUUUCUUUCUCCUUUCCUUCUGUACAUACAUUACACACUAUAGCAUUUAAGCUAAUGGCCAUUUUGGAAGCUAUUACUGAUGACUAUAUAAGCUAUUCAUAAUUUACACCUCCUUAGGAUCCACAUGAUUUAGUUAUUUAUUAUUAAGGGGGAAUCUGGAAUCAAAUUCAAUGUACUUGUAAAACACAGAUGAUUUUUAACAUUUAAAACUGACUUUGAUGAAUGUUGCCUUCUUAUAAAUACAUCUAUGGAAAGUCAGAUGUCCAAUUAAGCUUUUUUCAGAAGUAAAAUAUAACAGACAAAUGUAUAUUAAAGAUUUGGAGCACUGCGGCGUAACUUAGCAUUUUCAUUUUGCAAGAAAUUGUACUUUUACUCCAUAAUAUAUAUAACAUAUUGCACUUUUUACUCCAUAACAUUUAUCUCUAGGCUGUAAUCAAACCACCUACAACAUUAAAAUACCUCUUGCGCAUUAGUGCAUCCAACUUAGGAAGUACAAUACAUUUUAUACAAAAAAGUAAAUAGUGUUCCUUUACACCUGGAACUAGUUUAAUUCCCAUUUUGGUGUUAAUUUAAUAAGAUUUUACUUCUGUAGUUUAGUUAUUUAAUAAUUAAUGUAAUUGUUUUACACUGACAUGCAUAUCAGAUAUAUUUAGUGUACACUUUUGCAUAGAUAUAUAUAUAAUAUAUUCAAUUAUAUGAAGGCUGUUUGAAGGAACAUCAGGAUGAAGAUAGCUGAAGGAUCUUUUAAUGUCAACAAUAUUUACAUUUUGCACUUUUAUGAUUGUUUUGUCUAUUGUUCUUUGGUAACCUGUAGUUAAAUGUCCAUCAUUGACCCUUUUAUACCUGUAAUAUGUGUCUGUUUCUGCCGAGUUCAACUGACAAGAUUUGAUUUGAUUUGUUGCAUCUUUUGUGAUAAAGCAGGUUAUUGACACCUAACUCAUACUGCAGUUA